AUGUCUGUGCCGCCCGAUCCUCUGCCACAGGCAGUAGUCGUGGGCGACGAAAAGCUCCAGGCGGCCGAUAGUUCUAGAUCGGCAUCUGGGGACGAAGCCAAGGCCCCGGACAUGAUUCUGCAGCCCCCCACGCAAAAGAAGAAAUGGCAUCAGCGACUGAAUCCCUUGCGGUGGCAGACACCGCCGCCUGUACCGGAGGAGCGGACGCCUUCAAGGGAACAUGGGGCCUCGUUUUUGAGUGCUAUUACCUUUCAAUGGAUGUCGCCGUUGAUGAGGGUCGGAUAUUUGCGACCACUCGAUUUGCAGGAUAUUUGGACCGUUAAUCCCAAGCGGACUGUCGAUGUGCUUUCAGAUCGACUGGACGCUGCAUUGGAAAAUCGCAUCGCGCGGGGAACAGAGCGUGCUCUUCUCUGGGCUUUGUACGACACUUUCCGCUUUGAGUUUCUUCUCGGUGCUGUCUGCCAGUUUUUCAGUUGUCUGUUGCUGGUAUUUGCACCUUACUUGACCCGAUACUUGAUUGCUUAUGCGACGGAGGCCUAUGCCGCCCAGCAUAGCGGUCUCCCCGAGCCACAUAUCGGGCGGGGUAUGGGCUUCGUCGUUGGGAUUACCUGCAUGCAGGGCCUGCAGAGUUUAUGCACGAAUCAGUUCCUUUAUCGCGGUCAAAUGGUCGGUGGACAGAUUCGUGCUGUGCUGAUUUCCCAUGUCUUCAAUAAGGCGAUGAAGUUGUCUGGUCGUGCCAAGGCAGGUGGACAGGCGACUGAGGAAGAAGUCAAGGCUCUGGAGGCUACGAAGGAAGCAUUGAUGAAACAGGAUGGCAAGGAGAAGGGCCCGAAUCCAAAGGGUGCGGCAACUUCCCCGGGUGGUAUUGCCGGCGAUGGUCGCGGAUGGAACAAUGGUCGCAUCAUCGCGUUGAUGAGUAUUGACGUGGAUCGUAUUAACCUUGCUAUGGGCAUGUUCCACAUGAUCUGGUCUGCUCCGAUUACGAUAAUCGUGACCCUGGUUCUACUGAUUGUCAACAUUGGCUACAGUUGUCUCUCCGGAUAUGCUCUGCUUGUGUUUGGUAUGCCGUUCUUGACCUUCGCCGUGCGAUUCCUGAUCAAGAGACGUCGAAACAUCAACAAGAUCACCGACCAGCGUGUGUCUCUCACGCAAGAGAUUCUGCAAGCAGUUCGAUUUGUCAAAUUCUUCGGUUGGGAAAGCAGCUUCCUCGGUCGUUUGAAGGAGAUUCGGAAACGCGAGAUUCGUUCUAUCCAGACACUACUGGCUGUUCGAAAUGGUAUCCUGUGCGUAUCCAUGUCGAUCCCGAUUUUCGCCUCGAUGCUCGCCUUUAUCACCUAUGCUUUGUCGAAGCACGACUUGAACCCUGCUCCAAUUUUCUCGUCGCUUGCUCUGUUCAACUCCCUGCGUAUGCCGCUUAACAUGAUGCCCCUCGUCAUUGGACAAGUCACAGAUGCCUGGACUGCUCUCAAUCGGAUCCAGGAGUUCCUCUUGGCUGAAGAGCAGAAGGAAGAUAUCGAAAAGGAUGAGACCAUGUCGAAUGCUAUCGAGAUUGAAAACGCCUCAUUCACCUGGGAGCGUUUGCCCACUGACGAGAAGGAAGGGGAGAAAGACCAGAAGAAACAAGGGAAACACCCCGAACCUACUGGCCUUACCUCCCCCGACGAAAAGGAACACACAGAGGCAGUUCCGCUGGAGCCAUUCAAGCUCAAAAAUGUCACAUUGGAGGUAGGACGAAACGAGCUGCUUGCAGUAAUUGGAACCGUUGGCUGUGGCAAGAGUUCUCUGCUCUCUGCACUGGCUGGUGAUAUGCGCGUGACUGAUGGAACGGUUCGCAUGAGUACGACACGAUCUUUCUGCCCGCAGUAUGCCUGGAUCCAGAACGCCACAGUGCGCAACAACAUUCUCUUUGGAAAGGAAUACGACGAAUCCUGGUACGAACAAGUCAUCGACGCCUGCGCUCUCGCUCCAGACUUGGAGAUUCUUCCCAAUGGCGACUCGACUGAGAUUGGAGAGCGUGGUAUCACCGUGUCUGGUGGUCAGAAGCAACGUCUGAAUAUCGCUCGUGCCAUCUAUUUCAACGCAGAGCUUGUGCUCAUGGAUGAUCCGUUGUCGGCUGUAGACGCCCACGUCGGACGUCAUAUCAUGGACAAGGCGAUUUGUGGUCUUCUCAAGGACCGCUGCAGAAUUCUGGCUACCCAUCAGCUCCAUGUGCUCAGCCGUUGCGAUCGUAUUGUUGUUAUGGAAGAGGGCCGGAUCCAGGCUGUUGAUACCUUUGAGAAUUUGAUGCGUGAUAAUGAACUUUUCAAGCGACUCAUGUCUACCUCUGGACAGGAAGACUCGAAAGAGGAAGAGGCUGAAGUUGCUGACGAGAUUGUCGAUGAGUCAAACGAGAAGGCUGCACCUAAGAAAAUCACACCUGGUAAGCCUGCUGCUGCUGCUCUGAUGCAGCAAGAAGAGAAGGCCACCGCAUCCGUCGGAUGGAGUGUGUGGAAGGCGUAUAUCCGUGCAUCGGGUAGCUACUUCAACGCCCUUGUGGUGUUUAUCCUUCUCGGUCUUGCCAACGUCGCCAACAUCUGGACAAGUCUGUGGCUGUCUUACUGGACAUCUAACAAGUACCCGGGUCUGUCGACCGGCCAAUAUAUCGGUGUCUAUGCCGGACUCGGUGGCAGUGUUGUCCUGCUGAUGUUCGUCUUCUCGACGUACAUGACGACUUGUGGAACGAACGCUAGUCGCACCAUGCUUCAGCGCGCGAUGACUCGUGUGCUGCGUGCACCCAUGUCAUUCUUCGACACGACUCCUCUGGGCCGAAUCACCAAUCGUUUCUCCAAGGAUAUUCAGGUCAUGGACAAUGAACUCUCGGACGCGAUGCGUAUCUAUGCUUUGACAAUGACUAUGAUUAUCUCGGUCAUGGUAUUGAUUAUUGUCUUUUUCUACUACUUCGUCAUCGCUCUUGUCCCCCUGUUCAUCCUGUUCCUGCUUGCUUCCAACUACUAUCGCGCCUCCGCUCGCGAGAUGAAGCGCCAUGAAGCAGUCCUGCGAUCGAUCGUCUACGCUAAAUUCGGCGAAGCCAUCACCGGUACAGCGUGCAUUCGCGCCUACGGCGUCGAGAACCAGUUCCGAAACAGCAUUCGGACUUCCAUUGACACCAUGAAUGGCGCCUAUUUCCUCACUUUCUCCAAUCAACGCUGGCUUAGUGUGCGACUCGAUGCCGUCUCUACAGCCCUUGUGUUCGUGACUGGUGUCUUGGUCGUUACCUCUCGAUUCAACGUCUCGCCUAGUAUCUCCGGUUUGGUUCUGUCUUACAUUCUAGCCAUCGCACAGAUGCUGCAAUUCACCGUUCGCCAACUCGCCGAGGUGGAAAACAACAUGAACGCAACGGAGCGCGUUCAUUAUUACGGAACUGAGCUUGAGGAGGAAGCACCCCUGCACCGGGUCGAGGUGGAUGCCAGCUGGCCUGAGAAGGGUCACAUUGUGUUCGAUAACACGCAGAUGCGGUAUCGCGAUGGUCUGCCCCUCGUUCUCAAGGGUCUGACCAUGGACGUCCGCGGAGGCGAGCGCAUUGGUAUUGUUGGACGCACUGGCGCCGGCAAAUCCAGUAUCAUGUCUGCAUUGUUCCGUCUCACCGAAUUAUCCGGCGGUUCCAUCCACAUCGAUGGCAUUGACAUCUCCACCGUCGGUCUGCAUGACCUCCGUUCUCGACUAGCCAUUAUCCCUCAAGACCCAGCUCUCUUCAAGGGCACCAUCCGCUCCAACCUCGACCCCUUCAACGAACACACCGAUUUAGAACUAUGGUCCGCCCUCCGCAAAGCCUAUCUCAUCGGUGACGAACCCACCACCACCGACCCCGAAACCAUCCCAGGAACCGGCACCACAACCCCCCUCACAGGGAGCGACUCCAAACCCCGCCCAAUAAACCGCCUAACCCUCGAAUCCGCCGUCGACGAAGAAGGCCUCAACUUCUCCCUCGGUCAGCGACAACUCAUGGCCCUCGCGCGUGCCCUUGUCCGCGACGCCCGCAUCAUCGUCUGCGACGAAGCUACCUCGUCCGUUGACUUUGAGACUGAUCAGAAGAUUCAGCAUACGAUGGCGCAGGGCUUUGAGGGGAAGACGCUUUUGUGUAUUGCGCAUCGGUUGCGGACGAUUAUUCAUUAUGAUCGCAUUUGUGUCAUGGAUCAGGGACGGAUUGCGGAGAUGGAUUCUCCUGUUAAGCUUUGGGAUAGGGAGGAUGGAAUUUUCAGGGCUAUGUGUGAGCGGAGUGGGAUUACGAGGGAGGAUAUUUUGGGGUCGGAUUGA